AUGGAUUUCCAAUUGAUUUUCCUCUCAGUUCCCUUAAUUUUCAUAGCCUAUAAGCUAUUCAACCGGCUGCGAUUCAAACUGCCGCCGGGGCCCAGGCCGUUGCCGGUGUUCGGAAACCUCUACGACAUCAAGCCGGUGCUCGUCAGGUGCUUCACCGAGUGGUCACAACAAUACGGACCGAUCUUCUCUGUCUACCUAGGUUCGCAUCUGAAUGUUGUGGUGAACAAUGCGGCGUUGGCUAAGGAAGUGCUAAAGGAUAAUGACCAGCAGCUGGCAAAUCGGAAUCGGACGAAAACAAUUGAAAAGUUUAGCAAAAAUGGAAUGGAUUUGAUUUGGUCGGAUUAUGGUCCUCACUAUGUUAAGGUCAGAAAAUUGUGUACUCUUGAGCUUUUCUCGGCAAAGAGGCUUGAUGCUCUUAGACCUAUCAGAGAAGAUGAAGUUACUUCCAUGGUUGAAUCCAUUUUCAAGGACUGCAGUGCUCCUGAAAAUAAGGGCAAAGCUUUGAUGCUGCGUGAAUAUUUGGGAAUGAUGGCAUUCCUCCACAUUACAAGAUUAACUUUUGGGAAGAGGUUUAUGAACAACGAGGGCAUAAUUGAUGGACAAGGACAAGAGUUGAAGGGCAUUCUAAACGAUGCAAUUAAGUUGGGUACCAAAAAAUCCCUAGCUGAGUACCUCCCGUGGUUUCGUUUCUUAUUCAAGGCUGAAAAUGAAGCACUUGCCGAGCAUGAUUCCCGUGCGGAUCACUUCACUAAGAAAAUCAUGGAAGAACACACAAUUGCCCGCAAGAAGACUGGGGAUACCAAGAAUCAUUUUGUCGAUGCCUUGCUAACUCUUCAGAAGCAAUAUGACCUUAGUCAGGACACUAUCAUUGGGCUUCUCUGGGACAUGAUCUCUGCAGGCAUGGACACCACCACCAUCACAGUGGAAUGGGCAAUGGCAGAACUAGUUAGAAAUCCGAGGGUCCAAAAGAAGAUUCAAGAGGAGCUCGACCAAGUGGUCGGUACCGAACGUCUCAUGACAGAAUCCGAUAUCUCCAAUCUCCCUUACUUGCAAUGUGUAAUCAAGGAAUGCUUUAGAAUGCACCCUCCAACACCACUAAUGCUCCCCCAUAAAGCCAAUGCUAAUGUGAAGAUUGGUGGUUACGAUAUUCCUAAGGGAGCAACUGUAAGCGUUAACGUAUGGGCUCUUGCUCGUGAUCCAGCCGUGUGGAAAGACCCUCUCGAAUUCCGACCCGAGCGAUUCUUUGAGAUGGAUGUGGACAUGAAGGGUACGGAUUAUCGUCUACUUCCCUUUGGUUCUGGAAGACGUAUCUGCCCCGGUGCACAACUUGCUAUCAACUUAGUCACGUCGAUGGUUGGACACAUGUUGCACAACUUCACUUGGACACCACCUGCCGGUGUCCGGGUUGAAGAUAUUGAUAUGAUGGAGCAACCAGGAACCGUCACAUACAUGAAAACCCCAUUGGAAGCUGUUCCGACACCAAGAUUAGCCGCCCACUUGUUCAGGCGGGUUGCCGUGGGAAAUGUAUAA